AUGCUGAAAAAGAGCUCCAUCGGAAGCCGGCGUAUGGCAUGGAACAUCGUCCGGCUAGCUCUUAUGUGGGCCCGAAAGGGAGGUGCUUUUAGAAACCGUCUAAUCGUGAGUCUGAAAGAUGUCGAAAAAGGAAUGCUAAGAAAACUCCGAUACUCGAGUCAGACGCCACGUGGUGGGGCCCUCAUUUAUGGGGAACGCGAGUUGUCGUUCGAUGAGACACCCGUUGUACACGUGAGGAUGAGCCGGAGGCCAUUGUCCAUGCGGUUUAAGUUGCCGAAAAUUCCGUGCAUCGAGCCGCAUGUCGUGGAUUUCGACUAUGAUUUCGAGUUUGGUGAUGAUGGAGAGGGUUAUGAUGAUUAUGAUGCGGGAGAAGAUUGCUAUAAUGCGAAGGACUCGAGUUUUGUAGUCGAGAGUUCGGAGAAUGGAGUAGAAAAGGAAGAAGAAGAAGAGGGAAUUGAUGUGAAGGCUGAGUUGUUUAUAGCCAAGUUUUAUGAGCAAAUGAAACUUCAGAGACAAAUGUCACGCCUUCAGUACAACUAA